AUGCCCGCUGUUACCGCCAACGCCCCCGCUACCCCCGCCCCCGGCUCUCUCAAGGCUGCCGUCGCACCCGCAGACGGCCAGUUUGAUGUUUCCGGUCUCUUCGUCGCCGACAAGGCGACUCGCGAGUCUGCAGCAGCGACCCUCGCUGCGCUCGCCCAAAAGGAUGGCCCCAAGGCCCUCCAGUCCGUCGGCUUCACCGAUGCUGCCAUCAAGGCACUCAGCGACAAGAAGUCGCCCGCGGCGCGUGAGGGCGCAGCGAGCGCUGUCGCUGUGAUCGCCAAGUCCGACGCUGUGAAGGCCCUCGAGCCCCUUUUCAUCGACUCCGGUCUCUACGCUGCUCUGCUUGAAUGCUUCGCCGACAAGAUGCCCGCUGUGCGCACGGCCGCUAUCGAGGCAGUCAAGGCGUACGUUGCGGGUAUGAACGCUUGGGGUGUAGCGCUUGUGCUCCCCGCCCUUCUUCACGAGAUCAAGACGGCCGGCAAGUGGCAGGUCAAGACCGGCUCGCUCACCGUCCUCAACCAGCUGGUUACAAGCGCGCCUCUUCAGACUGCGCGCCUCACCCCGGAGAUCGUCCCCAUCCUCGCUGAGGCGAUCUGGGACACGAAGGCCGACGUGAAGAAGGCUGCGAAGGAUUCGCUCGAGAAGACCACGGCUCUAGUUUCCAACAAGGACAUAGAACGCUUCAUUCCUGCACUAAUCAAGGCUCUGAUCAACCCCGUUGAGGAGGUUCCCAAGACCAUCAACCUCCUCUCGGCCACCACAUUCGUUUCGGAGGUAGACUCCGCUACGCUCUCACUCAUGGUCCCUCUGCUCUCACGUGGUCUUAGUGAGAAGCCUACUGCUACUAAGCGCAGGGUCGCCGUAAUCAUCGACAACAUGGCUAAGCUCGUAGACUCCGCUGUCACCGUUCGUCCCUUCAUCCCGAAGCUGCUCCCAGGACUUCUUAAGGUCGAGACGACCAUCGGUGACCCCGAGGCUCGCAGCGUCGUUGGCCGUGCUGUCGCCACCCUCCGUCAAGUCGGUGACGUCCCCGCCGACAACGACGGUUCUGAUCUCCCGCCCUUGAAGAAGGCGGACGAAAAGCAGCUCGCGCACUCCCUCCUCGGUCUAUACAAGAAGGCUGGCGCUGAGGCCCCUUCUGCGGGCUCCAUCGACGUCAUGUACGCCAGCAACCUUGCUGCCAACCUCGUCAACGCGAAGAACUUCGACGUGUCGGAGUGGCAAUCUCUUGCUCCUUACCUGGCGUUCGUCACGACGACGCCUGAGCCCAUCGUGAUCGUCAACGAGUGGGUUGUCAAGUCUGCAUCUCUGGAGGAUGAGGACACCGAAGUCCCUGAGGAUGAGGAGGAGGGCGAGGAUCUUUGCAACUGCCAAUUCUCGCUCGCCUACGGUGCUAAGAUUCUGCUCAACACUGCGACUCUCGUCUCAAGCGUGGUCACCGCUAUGGCUGGCAAGGAGGAGGUUAUCGAGACGCUCGCGUCCGUCGGCUUCAGCGACGAGAGGCAGAAGCAGGCGAUUGGCACUGCUCUCGCGCGCGCGAUGCUGUUCAAGGCUGACAUUCUGCUCCUGGAUGAGCCGACUAACCACUUGGACGUCGUCAACGUCGCGUGGCUCGAGAACUACCUCACCGGCCUUACGACUUGCACGUCCAUCAUCGUCUCGCACGACUCUGGCUUCCUCAACAACACCAUCACCGACGUCCUCCAUCUCAACCGCUUCAAGCUCAGGAGGUACAGGGGCAACCUUGAGUCCUUCAUGAAGCAGGUUCCUGAGGCGCGCUCGUACUACACGCUCGAGGCGCAGGAGGACUACCAGUUCAAGCUGCCCGACCCGCCCCUUCUCGAGGGUGUCAAGACCAAGGAGAAGUCGCUUCUCAAGAUGCGCAAGGUCGGCUACCAGUACCCGACGCAGCCCGUACAGCAGCUGUACGACAUCACGCUCCAAGUCUCGCUCUCUUCUCGUGUCGCCGUCCUCGGUCCCAACGGAUCCGGCAAGUCGACGCUCGUCAAGUUGCUCAUUGGCGAUCUCGAGCCCAAUAGAGGCGGUGAGACCUGGAAGCACCCGAACUUGGUCAUCGGUUACACGCCGCUCGAGUACAUGCUGUGGCGUUACCAGACCGGUGAGGAUUUGGAGGAGAUGAUGAAGGCGAACCGACAGAUUUCAGAAGAGGAGCAGCAGAAGAUGAAGGAGGGCAGUGUCGUCGUCGUCGAGGGCCAGAAGCGCUUGAUUGACGAGAUCUCGUACGAGUACGAGGUGUCGUUCAAGGCCCUAUCCUCGUCGGAGAACAUCUGGCUGCCCCGUGACGAACUCAUCAAGCGUGGUUUCGAGAAGAAGGUCCUCGAGGUCGACACCCGUGAGGCGCAGCGCCUCGGUCUGCUCCGCCCCCUCGUCCGUCGCGAGAUCGAGAAGCACUUCGCGGACUUCGGUCUCGAGGCCGAGUUCGUGUCGCACAACUCGAUGCGUGGUCUCUCCGGUGGUCAAAAGGUGAAGGUUGUGCUCGGUGCUGCGACCUGGCGUCGCCCGCACGUCAUCUGUUUGGACGAGCCGACGAACUACCUCGACCGUGAGUCGCUCGCCGCGCUCAUCAAGGCGCUGAAGGAGUUCGAGGGUGGUGUGCUCGUGAUCACGCACAACCGCGACUUCUCCGAGUCGCUCUGCAAGGAGGUGUGGGCGAUGCGUGACGGGCGCCUUGAGGCAUCCGGCCACAACUGGGUGGAGGGCCAGGGCUCCGGGGCUCGUAUUGACAAGAAGGACGGUGAGGAGGAUGACCAGUACGACGCGAUGGGGAACAAGAUCGAGACGAAGAAGGUGAAGAAGAUCACUGCGGCGGAGGCGCGGAAGCUCAAGAAGGAGCGCAUGGCGCGGAAAAAGCGGGGCGAGGAGAUCACCGACGACGAGCUGUAA